AUGGUCGUCUACGCCAACUUCCUCUUCCCACUCUACAUCUACCCCCUCAACAACGCCUGGAAUCCCCUCUUCACAGCCGCCACCCAAUACCCCGACAUAACAUUCACCGCCAUCAUCAACCCCUCCAACGGCCCCGACUCCUCCACAAUCACAAACUGCCCCAACAAAGAUUUCAUCGAAGCCCUAAAUUCUCUCCAUCAAUUCCCCAACAUCCACACUCUGGGCUACGUCCACACUGCCAAUCUUUACAACUGCGGAAGCUCUGGAUCAGAUAUCUGCCCCUGCACUGCACCUGCCGACGAGGUAAAACGGAAUAUAAGCAUGUAUGCCGCCUGGGCUACGGCGCGUUGUGAAGGUUGGAGUACACUUGCGCCGGAAGUUUAUGUCGAUGGGAUUUUUAUUGAUGAAUCUCCCGGAGAGGAUGCUGGGGCUUGUUUAGAUUACAUGACAGAUUUAACGACCCAUGCGAAAUCUACCUUGACGACGAAAACGGGAGGCUCAGUCUUCUUUAACGCGGGCGCUGCGACGGAAAUGGCGUAUUUUGAUAUCGCGGAUGUGAUAAUCAUUUUGGAAAAUACGCAAGCGGUGUAUGAGGCGAUUCCGGAUAUUGGGGUAAGGAAUGGAAAUGGGAAGUAUGCGAGGAAAUCGUCGAUUUUGAUUUAUGAGGCGGGGAAUGAUACGGGGUUGAUUCAGAGGGAUGUUGAGACGAUUUUGAGUGUGGAGAGGGAUGGUUUUCAUAGUAUGUUUUAUAGUGAUCGGGCGGUGGAUCAGUAUUCAAAUUUUCCGUAUGCGUGGAAGGAGAUUGUGGAGCAGGUUAAUGUGGUGGCACAGAAGAAUAAAGCGGGUUGAAUGGAUUUUGGAUUCUGUGCGCUUUUGGGUUGAGAGGGAAGGCUAGGUAUAGAAGCC